AGCUAAACAAAGUAUCGAUUGAGCAGCCGACUGUGAGGGAAAAAAUCAGCGUCCCAGAAAGGUAAUUUAUAUAUACUAUUCAUUAUAUAAAUAAAACACGGGCACAUACAUGAGGAACACAUUACCACCAGUUCACAAGUAGAAUUAUCGUUUUAUCUUCUACAUCAUGAUUUAUUGAUUUAGUGCUAAUGAGGAAAGAUACACACGUGCACCAACGCUACCGAUGAAAGAUUAUCCAGACGUGAUUAUACAAACACCGGAAAGAAGAAAACAGAGAACUAAAAAGGCAAAAACACCUAAAGUAUCGAAAACAGAGGUCGAGGUAAGUCCAUGUGGACUUAGUAUCUAUCAAUGUAAGAUUAGCUCCGUAGAUCGAAUAGACAGAAUUUGCUUGCGCUCCUAUCCAAUACAACCUUUCGGAAAGUAUGUCACUUUGCCUAUAGAGCUUCGUUUUCGUAUAUGCGACAUUAGUUAAAGCUGAUGUGUCAAUCACGAAAACGAGGUUCUAUAGCCAAGAUGGCGUACUUUCGGGAAGCGUGUAUUCAGAACUUUCCAUAUGGAUUUGGAAAUAGAUUACAGUAGUUUACAAGAGCAUGGAGUAGAAGAAAGAUGACACAUGGAUAAUUCUCAGUUUAUAAUUUCGAUCACAAAUUAAUUAGCAUUAGUGCAUUACGGCAUGUGAAUCAAAAUUAAAGAGUGAGUGGAAUAACUCACGAGUUAUUACCACAACCAAUCUUUAUGGUCAAAGACUAUUUGAAAGCAUACCACAUCAAUUAUAGCAACCAUGUUGCUUUAAAUAGGGAUGAUGGUACGUUUCAUUACGUCUUUAGAUUAGUCUUUAAACUAUAGACUGUAUAAUAUCACAAGAUUGGGCCAUCAAUGUAAUUUGUCUAGAAAUAACAUUCACCUACUUUAUACCAAUUAGCGAUAAAGGAAUGAUACGAUGCCCUGCAGUUACCAGAACAUUGGCAAUGAUUAAUUAUUUUAACGACAUCGUUAUAGAAUCCAGCCACAGUCCCAGCUGCCCCGGCUGCUGAAUUUGAAAACAUCACCCGUAUGAGCUUUGAUAGUCCUUCAAACAUCGCCAUUGAUGACAUUCCUCUUCGAUUACGACCUGCGGUGAGGCAAGAGACCGAACCACAGAAACCAGCUGGUAAAGAUAUGGUCGAGGAUUCAGGUGUCCCUCGCUCGUGGAUCGAGAGUAAAAACAGAGUGGACUUGAAGAGUAAGAAAGGUGAUAGCAAGGAGGAAGAAAAGAUGGCAACUGAUGCAUCCAGUGGUAAUACACGCACACAUGCGGCAGAACUUGAUGACGCUGACUCGGAUGAUACCAUACAAAUUAAGGUUUGUUCUCAUGAUUGAUUUUAUGAGGCAAGAUUUUUGUAUAUCACGUAUGUGCGAUGAAAAGCGUUCAAAACCUAAAAUAUUUAUAUAUACAUAUCUCAAAAUUAUUUUUGUUUAACUUUAUUUUCUAGUUUGUACACUACAGUUAGCUACCUUUUUGAAUGCAUCAUAAGAUUGGAGUAAAAAUUGACAAUUAAAAUACAUUAUCAGUGAAGUUUUGAAUUGAUGCCAUAUUUAUAGCAAAACAUAGGGAACUUCAUACUCUUGCGUGGCGGAAUCUCUUUAUUUUACUAUUAUUUAACAGAUAAAGAACUAAGCAUAGCAUUUUAAAGCUUGUUUUCCAAUUUACAAACAUAUAAAAAAAUACAAAUUUUGAAUCUAGUCAUACCCAAGUGGUAUAAAUAUCAUACAAGAAAUCUACUCUUAACAAUAUUAAUAAAAAAUCAGUUGUGGAAGCUUUUGCCUUUAUGUCUCAAACAACUGGAGUAUCUCAAAAACGAAGAAUAAUAUCGAGGGUGAAAAUGCAUGCACUACUGAACUAUUAAUGUUUACUUCCGAUUUAUUUUCAUUGGUGGGUAGGUGAACAUAGAAAAAUGGAGAAACAAAAUGAGACAACGGGAGAAAAGAAAGGAACGUGGCGAAGUAAGAAAACGCAAGGAACAGGAUAAACUGAUCGCGGUGGAAGAGAAGAAACUGUCAAGGCGUGAAUGGCUUAUGGCACAACCUGAGGUAAGUGAACAUAUCUUCAGUGGACUUCAGUGGACAGUGAGACAUAUUUAGUGGGUACUCCUCUAAAAGUACAAUAUACUUUUUAGAUUCAAGCAAUUUUGGAUGGCGAAGAUUUGUCAAGACCUACUUCAUUGUAAGUUCAUAUGUAUUUUGUUGUCACAGCAGGUUCAAUUACGCUUGGAUAAUCAAGUUAACUUCGUAACUGUGCGCUCUUCUUCCAUUUCACAAAUAAGGAUCACACUAAGUCUACUCGAGUGUUUGGGUUUAACCAUAAGCCGUUCGAUAUAUGUUGCGGUCAUAGUUCUUCGUCACAUCAAAAUAAUCCAUAAUUGUCCAGCUAAAAUCGCCAGACUCCACUAUACAGGUUGUUGUGAUUCGUAGUAGUAUACAACCAAUCAUUACAUCUCGGCUCGCGUCAGGUUGUAAGGAUGACGGUUAUCGGUUUGUUGGUUGGUUUGGUUAUUUUGCGCUCCGUCCAACUAGCGAAAGUAAACUUUAAGGUUCUUUUCCACUCAUUGCAAAAAUGAAUUCGCAAGCUUGCUGCGAGUGCUUGCAUCUAAUUAACAUAAAUUGUCGAACAUUGCGAUUGGAUGAAACCCCUCGCAGCGUCGAUUCUUGCGAUGAAAAGAAAAUAGGCUAAAUAGACAAAAAAUAAAUAGACUGAAAUUGUAUAUGGCUCGUGGUGUGACGUUUCUCUUCAGUCGCGUUUAUAGAUACCUUAAAUUAGGCCACGUUUACAUGAGACAGGGACGAUUUCUUUUAGGUCAUAGUGAUAUUUAUAAUAGAUGUUUAUAUAAGACUGGGACGAAAAAUUGCUCAGAUCGGUCUGAAGUCAUCCCAGUCGCCGAACCAAACCGACUACCUUAAGACCGGGAUAGAUGCAAACACAAAUACAUUUCAGACCGGUCUCAGUUGUGUUUUUGGCUUCGGAACAAUACUGACAUAUGCUCGCAAAAGCACUGUAAACAAAGAAAAUGGCAGGCAAGGCCAAGGGGAAUAAAUUGAAAGAUUUGUGAUUUUCGUACCGGUCUCAUGUGAACAUACUGAAAAUUUCAAUUUUCAUCCCGGUUUGCCUUCGUCCCGCUCUCGGGGCCUUGUCUAGAUAUCUGAUCUCUCUGGAAUUUGUUCAAAAUCAAUGCCAAUAAAACGUUUUUGUUUAUCUGUUCCUAAUUCCAUCAAGGCCAUGAGCAUGUUCGAGCUCACUCGAGAGGAAAGCAGUACUCAUUCGUUACUUUAACGGCACUUUCGAUAACAUUUACUUUUCAACACUUUUGAUAAUGCCGGGCUGCCUCAUGCAGCCCCAUAUGUUGACAUAAGUUACGCACACGUAGUAGACUAUUAAGACCGUUAUAUUGUUGUUUAGAAGAAAAAAGAAACACCGCCGAGAGCGUUGGCGUGAGUCCAGAAAACAUCCUGACAGCGACAGUGAUGAUGAGGUAUUAAAAUAACGAUAAAAAAUAUUGUUAACGUCUUCUACAGCAGAACAAUCAACUUAUUCUUACUCAAGUUGUCUGUCUCAAGGCAAAUUGAUUUUUGUCGUGGGGGUAAGCCCUUAUGGUGAAGCCUAGUCAAAAUGAACCUCUUUAUGGUCCAUGAAUCCAACAGUCCUGACUAAACAUCAUGCAUUGGUGAAAUACUUAUUUUUCAAACCUUAUGGGUAAAAUAAUAAUAAGAUUGAUCCAAAUUGAAAAUCUUUAUUCUUAUUGUGAAACAAACAAUAUAAAAUAUUGGUCAAGAAUUGGUUCUUCAUACUCAAAGAAAUUCAGUAAAGGCCAGCCUUGACCAUGCAUCAACAUUUUUAUAUUGAUAUUUCAUGUAAUAUCAUUCAUUUUUGUCAACACGAUCUCAAAUGCUUAUAAUUUAAAAAGCAGGAAUGAAUUUCAAGUUUAUUCUACUCCAAAAGACGGGACGUACAGUAAAACCGGUAGGAUCCAAAAAAGUCGAUUCUUUAUAAACUAUAUCACAAUUCCAUAUCAUCACACGGACUGUCUGUAGCUCGCUAAAUAUCGUAGUCGUGGUCACAGCUUUAGAUGAUUCUCCAUUAACGCUAAAGAUAAAUCGCAUGUGUCUCGGUCUUAACCUUUUCUUGUGAUGUAUUACAGGUCACGGCUGUUCCAGUAAGACGACAUCACCGCCGACGAUGGCCGCAGAGAUCAGCACGUCGAGUAUAUCCAUCUGAACAUGAUGGUGUCCGUUUGAUCGCUGUUCGACCAAAGAAGGUGUGGAAGCACUUAUCUUGUUAAUAUGUAUUAGCGGUCGUGAAGUUCUUCUAUAGCUUCUGUUAAUUCUACUGCGUGCCUUGCGCUAGAUCAUAGAUUUUUUGGCAUCAUCACCAAGUUUUUACUUUAUUAUAACCAAGUUUUAAUUGAAGAAUUAUUCGUUCCGCAGUUCAGUAAUUUAUCCCGAGUUAGAAACACUUUGUGCAUGUUCAAAUGCUGUUAUAUCUCUUAGCUUCUGGGUAAAAAUCUUUAAUAUUUUUUUGUCAUUAGAAUAAUUGCUAUACAGUAUCCAUGAUUCUCUACCCAAUAAAACUACCCAACAGUUUACCAUCCUGGCUUACAAUUGCAAUUUAGUAUAGAAAACCUUUUUAUGAAAACAUUUUGCGUAAAUAACAUGGUCAAAAAGGAACAAUGGUUUUCCUCCAUUGAAAUAUUUUUUGCAUCGAAUACGAAGCGAAUUCGUUUUUUUAAUUAGGUUUUUGGGACAAUAUCACAAAAAAAUGCAUUGCUCCUUAGCCAAGCGGAAUUGUUCAUGUAUAUUAUUACUUUUUACAGCCAAGAGUAUAUGCAUUCGAAGAUUCUGGGCCUGAACGAGAAUUUGAACCGAGGUACAUAGUGCCCGAGGACAGCAGUACUCCCUUGCAAGGAACAUCAGAGCCAGUGAUCCCUGAAGCUGUGCAGUUCAGGGAAGAAUAUAAUUAUUCACCGGAUAGUGUGUACGAUGGUAAGUAUAGAACAAAGUCUAGUUAUUUUAGGGGAGUACAAUUAAGGGUCAACAAUACCAGUGAUAUUUGACCAAAUUUCGCAAGAUUUUAAUCCCAUACGACUCUUUAAAACUUUGGUAAAACAAGAAAUACUAUUCUGAGUACCCACUGCGUUCAUUUACGAAUUGUAGUUAAGACAAAAUAUAAAGGUUUCCGGCAGGAGGAGUAUUAAAGACGCACAAACCUUUGAAAUGAAGUGGCCGGAAUUAAUAGAAUUUCCAUUGUUUCUAGGAUUUUUCUGGCAUGGAUUCCGUGACACCUGCGCACCAUUUCCUAAUAACAUAUCCCUCCUACUGAUACUUUGAACUUGAGGGAAUGGUGUGACUGCUGCUAAUACUCCAUCGUGUAUUAACAUUUCUUAAUUUUCAAUUUAGAAGAAUUUUACGACCCCUACGUUCCAGAAUACGGUGAACCACGUUACUAUCAACCCCCAACAACAGGAUACGUAAUAACACAUGCUCCUGUAACAUUAGAACAACAGCUACCUUUAAGAUUGCAGGAGACAUCGUUUACUGGAACACCUCACAGACCACAGCGACCGAUUGGUCCCAGAAAAGCAACUCGAGGAAUGUAUUUUGAACAACAGCCACCAAGGCCGUCGAAUUUAUAUUCUCGUGCGAGAAAAUCUCCAGGUGGAGCUAAAAGUGAUACAAUAACAGACAAAACUGGACAGACGUCAAGCAGGAAUGCUCCUCCUGGCGAAAACACUACACCACGUACAACUACUGAUAACGUACAUACACCAAGUCCGGAAAAAAGUGUGAACGCCUCAAGCCACAGUGAUAUUUCGCCUGGUAGAUCGUGGGAAUCUAAAACUGAAGAAGACUUUAAGAACUAUAGUAUGAACGAGAGUGAAGCAAGAAAGUUGGUUUCCCGCGUGUUAGACAGAGCGAAAGGCGAGGCUGAUCGAAGUUAAAUCUAAACGAAAGCGAUUACAAAUACUGUAUAUACGUUAGCAUCCUUAAAGCCUGGUUCACACUGGUCGUAUUUCAUCGGCGAUCUAUUGUAUUCUUUUACGAUAGACAAAGCAUUUUACACACCAAUGACCACAGGUAAAAUCCCCGAUUCUUACGACCAGUGUGAAUCAGGCAUAACAUCUACGUAACCGAAACGAAAUUUGCACCCAGACUAGUAGUAUGAUUUGUGAUUCAUCCGAUGGAAUGUUCGCCCGUACUCGUAGUAGUUAGUGAUGUUGGAAUCAAUAAAUCCAAAAGGACACUGUCAGCUGUAUUUUACCACAAAUUUUUAAAUCUGUAACGUUGACAUCAAUCAACCUAAAGGCUUCAUUUAUUCAUUAUGGUGCACUAUAUUGGUGUAUGCGAGAAAAUCUGUACAGGCUUUUCAAACCCUUCCGAAAACUGCCUGUGGUAAGCUACAAAUUGAACAAUUCUCAUUAAAUGUACAGUACUUACAACAGUACACGUACAGAAUGGACAAUUAGAACAUUCUAAUACUUCAAAAAUUAGUAUUUAUUUAAUAUUUAUUUAUCUUAAAAGGGCCAUUAUGUAAACUACUGGGCCACCAGUAAUCAAGUUUUUCUUCUCUUAUACAUUACAUUAGAAACAUUCAAGUCAAACCAUAUUAUGGCAAAGUAUAUACAUGUACUGCAACACAAAAGAAUAUGAAUAACUGGAGAAUAUAAUAAAGAAUAUAAAAUAACAAUUCUAUUAAUAGCUGGUCACCAUUAAUUGGUCACCAUAUGUAACAAUUUUUAUAAUUGAUAAAUAAUAAAAAUAUUGUACAUAUUUUUAAUUAAAUUAAUACGUCUAUAUAUUUUAAAUAAUAUAAAAAUUAUGCGAUAAAUUAGUUGUUCACUUUCCAUCUUAGUAAAUGUUGAUUUGUUAUUGUAUGUGCUUUCUUAAUGAAUUUUUAUAACGACGUUGUCAUUGAACCAGUGAAGGGAAAUAUCUUACAAACUCCCUUUCACAAAAGGCUUUUCAUAUGGUACAAGUCAGGCUGGUUUGCUAGUACCAGGUCAAGGAUUAUCUUGUUUUAUAUUUUUUCUGGAUUAUACUCACAUGUGUGUCGUGAUCGCCACAUAUCACAUUACCGGGGUCAUAUGAAACUAUCAGGCGGCCAGUUCGGGUUAGCGGGGCUGGGAUACAUGAAAUCGUGUUUCAUAUACCUACGAUACCAUUAGACAGAUGCACAUUGGGGGGGGGGGAGAAGAUGAGGGGGGUAUUACAAUCGCCCCGCGGCACAUUCUCUAUAUGUUAUAGUCUUGCAAUUUUUGCUACGAUUUCUAGUCCGAUUUUCUUCUUCUGAUGCAUGUGAAUAUGUAUGUGUAAGCUGAGUCAUGAAUAAAUGAGUAUA